UUAGUCAACGUUUAACAUGGGUUCCAAGUGUUCAAUUUUUAAUGAUACGCAACAUGACGUUUGGAUUACUCACGGAGUCAAUUGGGAAGUUGUGAUAACCGUGGUUGGGGGUUUGUUUGUUGUUCUUCAGGCCGGGGCCACCAUUGGGACACUCAUUGCCCCAAAAGGUGAAGGCUUCUUGCAUUACGCAGGCAAGAAAAAUGGAGCGUUACAAAAUAAGGAGGGAAUGACAUGCCUGACAAAGGGCGACUGGGCAAAUGUGGCGACAUUACUAGGUGCAACAGAUGAGGCUGUUGCAAACGUUCUUCGAACCUCCCAAGCUAGAGCUCACGAAAUUAAGAAUGAAGUCAAAAAAUUCCAAGAAUCAUCAGAAAAGAUAUCUCCCGGCGAGAAGUACACAUUUAGUGGUUCAUUGUCUCUGACAAUGCGUGUAUAUGUUAUGAAUGAGAAAUUGCAAGUACACGAUAGAGGUUGCUUUACUGGUCCAACCGCAGAGUCUGAAAAUAUAUAUUUAAUUUCCAAGCAUUUUACAAACUUGGACAUUGACUAGGUAUAGCCUUUUUUUCCACAGUUAAGGCCUACGUUUAACCAUAAUUAUGCACUAGACUAGAGCGAUAUAUAUUUCGCCGU